AUGGCUUCUUUUGAAACUUUCAACGUUGUUUUCUUCCUCCUUUUCUUUCUCUCUUUGAUUCUUUUCAAUACAGAGGCAAGGUCCGCCACAAGGACGCUUACCACGUCGUCCGGGCAGCCUAUGCCAUUCCAAUACCACGAUGGCCCUCUUUUAUCCGGCAAAAUCUCCGUUAAUAUCAUUUGGUACGGCAAAUUCAAGCCUUUUCAACGUGCCAUCAUAUCUGAUUUCAUCGUUUCCCUUUCAUCUUCCAACCCUCCUCAACCCUCGGUGGGCAAAUGGUGGAAAUCCAUUGAAAAAUACUAUCAUCUCACCAAGAAAUAUCAUCCCCUUGUCCUUUCAUUGGGUACAGAAAUCUCUGAUGAGAAAUACUCCUUCGGAAAGUCAUUAAAUAAUCAGCAAAUCCUGCAAUUAGCAUCAAAAGGUCCUCAGAAGAAUGCUAUUAACGUCGUCUUGACAUCGGCUGACGUUGCCGUCGAAGGGUUCUGUUCGAGGUGCGGAACCCAUGGUUCAGGUUUGGGUUCUGGUUCAAGCCAGGGUUAUAAGUUUACUUACAUCUGGGUCGGCAACUCGGACACGCAGUGCCCAGGUCAAUGCGCUUGGCCAUUCCACCGUCCCACCCACGGACCGCAGUUCCCACCUUUGGUCGCACCGAACAACGAUGUGGGUCUCGAUGGAAUGGUGAUCAAUCUAGCUAGCUUCUUGGCCGGGACUGCCACGAAUCCGUUUGGAAAUGGUUAUUAUCAGGGCCCGAAAGAGGCGCCACUGGAGGCUGCUUCUGCCUGCCCUGGGAUAUAUGGUAAAGGAGCUUAUCCGGGCUAUUCCGGAGACCUUCUAGUGGACCGGAACACCGGAGCUAGCUACAAUGCAAACGGUGUUAAUGGCAGAAAAUACUUGCUCCCUGCUUUGGUUGAGCCCACAACCUCGGCUUGUUUUACUUUGGCUUAAAACAAAUACUCAUACAACAUGCAAA